UACCUGCAGAUUACAUAAAUUCAUCCAGCGUAUGAAUAACGAAAUGUGCCUGGAUAUGAAUUUUUUUCUAACUCCGGAAGUCAUUGUCAUUAUCCUCCGCCUAAAGGAGACUUUGUUCCGUACCGUUAAAAUCACUUUGUAACAUUAAUCAAUCAAAUCAGCAUCUCUUUGAUGAUCGAUUUAUGAAAUACUCUCAUAGUUUCAGUAUACCUAAACCAGUUUGGCCCCUUUAUCCCUUCAAAAUACCUAUAAUUUCCCAUCUUGAGACAUUUUCUGUAUAAUUCGCUCUAAUUUGAUCCUUUGGAUUUCUUUUCUUUCCCAUUCGCAUCUCCUUUCUAUUCAUAUAAUCGACUGCCCAUUCUAAAAAAACUAAGGCGUCUCACAAUAACACCCUUUGUGAGAGAUUCACCAGUUUGAACUUCUCCCAAUUGCUUUGUUGUUGAAACCCAAACCACCACCACCACUAUCUCGGGUCGACUGGCUUUUUAACUAUAUAACUAUAAAGUGCCGAUUCUUUGCGUGUCGAUUAUGGGCGGUUACUUUACAAAUUGGCAAUUAUCUCAAAUUUGCAAAAUGAACGUUGACGUCUUAAUUAUUACAAAAGUAAAGUUUAAUCAAUUGGUAAUGUUUUUUCAUUAAAGAGACAAAAACAUUAUAAUUUUUUUCAUGAAAGAAUAAUUAAUCUAUCUACUAUUUGUUAUGUAUUAUAAAUAGUAAAUAUAUAUAUAUAUUCCUAUACCGAUAUUACUUAAUGGAACUAUAUUUGUUUUUUUUUACAGCAAAAGGAAUUCAUGUAUAAAAUAAAAAUAAUAUUUGAUAAGCGUGAUAGAAAUAUUGGAAAUUAUUCCACUGGAUUAAUGAAAAUUGAAUCAUCAUUCUAAUGAUGGAACAUCUGAAAAGUGCGCGUUGGCGCGGAGCAUCCCUCGUGAUCCCUCCGACUAAACUAAAAUGCGUGUGUACCGAACCAAGAACUGGGGGGGAAAGAGAAACACAACUCAACUCCCUACAGUCACCCGAUUGGCGCUCGUGUUACGGACGGUAGGGGAGUUGAGCUUUCAGGGAGGGACUUUGACUUGGACGUGUGCCGUGACCGUCGCUCAGUUAGUGGCAGUCCGUCACAGCGGCAAGACCAUUGUUGUCAGCUACUACGAAAAGUGUUAGUGAGAAGAGUGAGAAAUCGUUAAAAAAUUGAGUGACUCUUGUUGUUUUAUUAAUAAUGUGAUCCUCGAAAUCGCUCGACUCGAUGGCAGAAUAAAACAUAAAGCUAGAGAGAAAUAAACAUUAAGAAUUUCCCGCGUAAAGAGAGAAAACAAAACGACGCCAUUGAAAUGCCCUCAAAUGUCGGCGGAAAGAUGUAUUACCUGGCGUUACUUCUGAUGGUGUGGAUAAAAAUGGCGGCAGGUGGUGGUGAGAUUUUUGCAAAAAUGUUUUCAAGUCAACAAAUACCUGCAGAUCCGUGUUACGACGAGGAUCGUCCACGUCGUUGCAUACCGGACUUUGUCAAUGCUGCUUUUGGUGCAACAGUAGAGACAUCUUCCACGUGCGGUGUAGGGGGACCAACGCGCUAUUGCGAUGUUGUUGAACAGACAUCUGGCAUUAGUGGACUGGGUCAGUGCCAUAUUUGUGAUGAUAAUACACCGAGAAAAAGAUUUCCCUCGAGUUAUUUAACAGACCUCAACAAUCCGAACAACGUAACUUGUUGGCGAUCGGAGCCGUUGGUAAACUCUCAAAGCUUCAAUGCACCACCGGACAAUAUUACAUUGACCCUCUCACUGGCUAAAAAGUAUGAACUGACCUAUGUCAGCCUUCAAUUUUGCCCAAAAGCGGCUAAACCCGACUCAAUAGCGAUCUAUAAAUCCAUGGAUUACGGAAAAACCUGGCAACCCUUUCAAUUUUACUCGUCACAAUGCAGAAGAGUAUAUGGACGUGCGAAUCGUGCCACCAUUACCAAAGCCAACGAACAAGAGGCUCGAUGCACCGAUAGUCAUAGAUUCACUGGAGGAGAGGGUUCAGGCCCUGUUGGACGAAUAGCCUUCAGUACUCUUGAGGGCAGACCAUCGGCAGCUGAUUUCGACAACUCACCGGUUCUUCAGGAUUGGGUGACAGCCACUGAUAUCAGAGUUGUUUUCAACCGUCUCCACAUGCCUCAACCGGACAUCUCCAAUGAGAAUCUUGGCAUUGAGGAAUUAACGAAACGGGAGAGAGAACGCGAAGAGAAAAUAAAGAACAAGCUUAAUCUUCUGCAUCUGGAACCCCUGGUGACUGUACUACCGUCUGUGCAUCAGGUACUUGCACCUCAGGAAAUGGUCAACAAUGAUGCUCUCGAUGUGCAGGAGAUGAAUUUUCAUCCCGAAGUUACCCCUACCACUCUCAUAACGGCCAAUGGUGCAACUACUAUGGCUCAUCAUUAUGCUGUAUCUGAUUUUGCUGUUGGUGGUAGAUGCAAGUGUAAUGGACAUGCAUCUAAAUGCUCCCAGGCGAAGGACGGAGAGUUGGCUUGUGAGUGCAAGCACAAUACCGCGGGACGAGAUUGCGAGAGAUGUAAACCCUUCCAUUUCGAUAGGCCCUGGGCUAGAGCUACUGCCAGAGAUGCUAAUGAGUGCAAGGUUUGCAAUUGCAAUCUUCAUGCUAGGAAAUGCCGUUUUAACGUCGAGCUGUACAAAUUGUCUGGUCGAGUGAGCGGAGGCGUGUGCCUCCAGUGUCGACACUUUACCGCUGGAAGACACUGCCAUUAUUGCCGGGAGGGCUACUACAGAGAUCCAACCAAACCGAUCACCCACCGCAAGGCUUGUAAACCUUGUGAUUGUCAUUUGAUUGGUGCUUCCGGGAAAACAUGUAACCAAAGUACAGGUCAGUGUCCCUGCAAGGACGGUGUAACAGGAACAACUUGCAAUAGGUGCACACGGGGUUAUCAGCAGAGCAGAUCUCACAUUGCACCCUGUGUCAAAAUUCCACAAGUGAUUCACACCCAGGGAAUCGCCGGGGAAGAUAACGGAGAACACGAUGAUGAUGAUGAUGAUCAUGGAUAUGCUGGCCGAACUGAGCAAUGUGGAAAAUGUCGGGCCAGCACCAGACGAAUGAAUCUCAAUAAAUAUUGCAAACGAGACUAUGCAAUUCUUGGGCGAGUAACAGGUAGACAGAAGUCCAAUGAAGUAUCCAACUCAGCUGGCAACUCAUUUGCCAAAUUCACCCUUAACGUCGAUCUUAUUUACAAACGAGGGGAUGAUUCGGUGAUAAAACGCGGUCCUAUGGCGCUCUACGUUCAUAUGGCUGAUCUGGCCUGCAGAUGCCCAAAGAUCAAACCAAACAAAUCAUAUCUAUUUUUGGGUCAAGAGAAUGACGGUAGUGGAUUGAAUGGGCUUGCAGUAACGCCAAAAUCAAUUGUUAUCGAGUGGCGAGACGAGUGGCAUCGGAGAAUGCGUCGCUUUCAGCGUAGAGCACGAUCGUGCCACUGAAGGAUCAAACGCCGAGGGUUAAUGUCACAAUAGAAUCCGUAACAACAAAAAAAAACAUUAUAUACACUAUCCAUUUUCUCUCGAUUUAACUCGAGACAGGAUCGAUAAUAAGCGAGCUCUAAGUACACUCGCCAACUACUCGACAUACCCACUCAGCGGUGCUUUAACCUCCCAUUUAGUCCCCCUAUUUCUAAAGCCCUGGGAAAUUCCAUCUUUCUUUUCUUCCAAAAUUAUAAAAUAAUAAUUUUGCUGUUAUUAAUGAUUUUUUCGUGCCAUUUGGCGUCCGGAGGGUGUGUAUGUGUUUCAUUAGGUGAAACGUGUUUAUCACGUCGAAUGAUAAUUUAGUUACUAACGUCAAUAUCUAUCUCAUGUUUUCCGAUCAAAGGAUUUUUUUUCAGUCAUAUAAAUAUUAGUGAGUGAGUGUUUGUGCACCGCCAUCCCCAUGAGCGAGAUUUACCGGAUGCUGGGUUUACAUUUGAAAUUUUGAUUUACCCGUACCAGCCGCCGGUUAGAUAUUUCACCGUCAUUCAUGCGCUCUCUUCUACCUUAAAUCCCGAGGGAUUGAGGAAUAACAAUAAUCGUUGGAUUAUUAUCCACUUAUGAAUUAAAACGAUAUUUGCGGCCUCGACAGUUGGUCCCACCAUAUCAUCAUUAAUUUUUUAAUAUAUUAAAAGUAUUUCUGUUCAUCGAAGUGUGAAUCGCAUAAUAGUAAAAACUUUAUAAUUAUUGAGACAAUUUUUUUAAUGAUUUUUUAAAUAAUUUUCUAAUGUAUUUAUUUAUUUGUCGUUUUAGCGAUUUUAACUUAGAUAAUCGUGUAACACGAAGUUCUUGUACAUUUUUUAUAAAAAAAAAAAGUAAUACAAAGAUAAAUCAUGGCUUUUCAGACUGUAUAUCGACAUUAUAUUAUAGGUAGAUGAUGAAGCAAUUACUCGCGAAAAAAUUAAUAGAAUAAAUUAAGCAGAAAUAUAGAGAAUUUGUACAACUCUGCUGAGUCGACAAAAAACUUGAUAGAAAAACCGUGUUGGACAGCCCAACUUCCUCAUACAGAACUAGAAUUUCUUCUCAAGACAAAUGUCGUUAUAAAAUUAGAUGAUAAUUAGGAAAUUUUCUUCGCCAGGGGAGGAGAAAUAAAAAUAACUGCCACAUUAUCUGAAUUUGUUUCUCCAUCGUUCAUAUUAAGUAAGAUAAUACGAUACUGUACAGUAUUUAGGGACUGACGAUAAUGAAAGGCACACGGAGGUGAGUGAAGCUAUUGAAAUUAAUUUUUCAUAUCGAGCGAUAUAAGUUUUCAUUUGAUUGAAAAAAAAUACUUGCGCGAUACCUAAUGAAUUUUUCUUGCUGAUCAAAAUCGAGUUCCUAGUCGUGCCAACACUUGAAUGAGUAAAAAUUAAACAAUCGAACUGUAUUCACAUGUAUUUCAACCUAUUUCACGUAUUAAAAUUAAUAUGGCGACUGAGGAGAUAGAAUAAUCGCAAUUGCUUCGAAAAAUUCAUGUCGUUAGAAGCCUAUAAACCAUAUAUGUAUAAACUCGAAUCUAAGGUAGCUCGAUUACUGAGAAUUACGAGAAUAUACUAUAGAUAAUAUCCAUGACAUUCAUGAUGAUGCAAAAGCACCAUGAAUUUUCAUUUUAUAGAGUUGGAAAAAAAAAUUUGCCAAAUUAACAGGUAAUUUUUUUUCCAAGAACCUUUGCGCUGCAUUUUUAUCCGAAAAAAUGCUGUUAAUAUAUAUUUAAUACUGAUUGCUCCAAAAAUAUACGUAGUUACAUCCGCUGAGAGUACUAAAAAUAUCAAAUUGAAUCAUAAAUAUCAUAUUUAUACUUCCCAAAUUAGUUGUAAUGAUAUUAUAGUUUCCAAUUGUCAUUAUAGUGGAUUUUAACGACUCAUCAAUUGAAACACGUGAUUAAAUUAUUGAGUGUCAUUGUGGUGUAAUAAAUGUGAUUAGAUUUGAAGCGAGAAUAAAAUAAAUUAAUGGAACAAACGUUUGAGGAUUAUUUGGGAUUUGCAGGACAAAUAUUUCUCUAUUUAUUUUUGUACAAGUUAAAAUGUUUUUUAUUUCAUUUUUUUUAUAAACCAAAGCUACAUUACCAGAUCAUCAGUUAACAAUGAUUGCACCUGAGAGCCAGAAGGCUGUUUCUGUAGCUCUAAAUGUCAGUGUUCGAGUGAAAUAAAAAGGUAAGGCAGUUUGAUAUACAAUUAGCAAACAAUAGAAAAUUUAUCCUCUUAUCUGUUUAUUUUCACUCUGUCCCGAUAUUUAUCAUAACGAUGGCCGUGUUAUUCUCAUCGAUUCAUAUUUGCAUAAUCAUAAUGCACUAGAAUGCAGUCAGCAAUGAAUUAUCAAACUUCUUAUAAAUGAACAGAUCGUGUGUAAAAUA